UAAAGUUUUAGUUCAACAUAUAUUUUUCCAUUACAUUUGUAGUUGUUCAUUACAUAAUUUAUUUUUAGUUAUUUAUUUGUGUAGGAUAUGGAGAGAUUUUUUAAACGAACUCGUAGUUCCGGCUCUAGCUCCUCUAAUGAGCCGAAUGUUAUUGAACAAGUAGAAAAUCAAUCCCGUGUAGAAUUGAAUUUGGAUGAUAUUGUUAGUGAUCCGGGAUUACGAAAACCAAUUGAAGAAUUUGAUAUUACUAUUCGAGAUCAAGCUCGAAGAGAGUAUGCGCUCCGAGGGCCUUGUCAACCAAAUGGUCAUGUGUAUCCGAAAACAACUUUUGGUAAUCAAGAAAGAAGUUUUCAAGGAACUUGGUAUAAAAAAUAUACAUGGCUAGAGUAUAGCAUAUCAAAAGAUGCUGCAUUUUGUUUUUGGUGUUAUCUCUUCAAACCUUUAAAUAAAGAAAAUGUAGAUAAUGCCUUUAUAAAAGAUGGAUACAACAAUUGGAAAAGGGCAUUAGAAAGAUUCAAUCGUCAUAUGGGGACUGUGAAUAGUUGUCACAAUGAAGCUAGAAUACAAUUUGAGGCUUUUCAAGAUCAAAGGCAUAGUGUGGGGAAUAUUUUACGAGUACAUAGUCGCGAUAUGGAAAUUGAUUAUCGGACUCGUUUAACAGCAAUGCUGGAUGUGACACGCUUUCUAUUGAAGCAAGGGUUGCCCUUUCGUGGACACGAUGAGUCAACUAGUUCUUCAAAUAGAGGUAAUUUUCUUGAUGCAAACAAUCAAUUGACUUCCCCAAAAAUUCAAAAGGAUUUAACACGUGCUUGUGCUUCAGAGAUUACACUUGCUAUAAUCAAUGAUAUUGGAGAUAAAUUCUUUUCUUUGAUGGUUGAUGAGGCUAGGGACAGUUCAGUGAAGGAGCAUAUGGGAGUUGUUUUGAGGUAUGUGAAUAAAAAAGGAUGUGUGAUUGAACGAUUUCUUGCAGUUGUGCAUGUGCCUGACACCAGUUCUCAUUCUUUGAAAAUGGCUAUUGAUGCUUUAUUUGUGCAACAUGGUUUAUCAUUAUCUAGAUUGAGAGGCCAAGGAUAUGAUGGAGCUUCAAAUAUGCGUGGUGAGUUCAAUGGAUUGAAAUCUCUGAUACUACAAGAAAAUCCAUUUGCAAUGUAUGUUCACUGUUUCUCUCACCAGCUCCAAUUAGUUCUUGUUGCUGUUGCCCAUGAUAAUUUUACUGUGAGUGAAUUUUUUGGGUAUAUCACUAUGAUUGUGAAUAUAUCUGGAGCAUCUUUGAUAGAAGUGUUAGGAAAUGUAUAUGAUGACGCCUCUUAUUCUGCAAAUAAAGGUGUUGCCGCAGGGGAUCAAAAUAUUGUUCAAGUCAUGUCCUUGGUUAGAAGUGUGAAAUGUCGACUACAAGACUUCAGGGAAGAUGGAUGGCAGAUAAUUUUGGAACAAGUUAACACAUUUUGUGAAUUGAAUAUGAUUCCAAUACUUGAUAUGGAGGACAACAUGCUAACUCGUGGUCAUGGUAGGCGUAGAGGGCAGCUCAUCACCAAUUUUCAUCAUUAUCGUGUGGAGAUUUUUUGUCAGGUUGUUGAUUUAAUUAUACAAGAGAUGAAUAAUCGUUUUUCAGAAGUUAGUACAGAAUUGCUUGGUUGCAUAUCAUGUCUUCAUCCAAGAAAUUCUUUCUCUCAAUUUGAUGUUCACAAACUCAUCAAUCUUGCUGAUUUUUAUCACGAGAACUUCUGUGGUCCUGAUUAUUUAUUUUUGGAACAACAACUUAUGCGUUACUUUUAUAAUCUACGGGAUGAUCCUUACUUUUCUUCAAUUGAUGACUUGGAAAUUCUUGCUCAGAAAUUGGUUGAGACUGAAAAACAUUUAGUGUUCCCAUUGGUUUAUCGUAUGAUAGAGUUGGCAUUAGUUUUACCAGUUGCAACUGCUUCGGUUGAACGAGUAUUUUCUGCAAUGAAGACUGUGAAGACUGAUUUACGCAAUAGAAUGGGAGAUGAAUGGAUGAAUGACAGUCUAGUUGUAUACAUUGAAAAGGAUAUUUUUUCUACAAUUGAAAAUGAGCAAAUAUUACAACAUUUUCAACAAAUGCAGUCUCGUAGAAUCCAAUUGCCUCCUCUUGUUAUGGAGAAUCGGUCUAGUAUUAAGUGGGACAAGGGAAAGGCUCUCGAGUUCUAG